UGUGCUCAUUCAAAUUUUGUACUCAUUUUCCAGGUUGGCUCCUUUUUGAUGGGAUGGUUAGGUGUUGUAUUUAAAGCAGACACAUCCCGAGUAUCUGAGCAUCUAGCCAUUGGACCGACAACUGGAUACUUAGGGAGCCUAACAACUUUCAGUGGUUGGAAUCAGAAAAUGGUUGAACUCAUUGCUACUAGACAUUGGCUCUUGUUUGUGCUCGGCUUUUUAAUAGGCUUGCUUCUUGUCGGUUCUUCAAUCACCUUUGGGGUAGAGAAAGCCAAGGGUUUCAAAUGGUUUCUCCGCUGGCUAAACAUGAGACCUGGAAGUGGCACUUUUAUCUCUAAGGUCAACUGGAAGGUAGAUAUCUUCCUACGCCAUUUGGUAGUUACCAUCGUGUACGUGGUGAUAUUAGGUUUGUUAUGGGGUGUCGCCGGUGCAUUGGAAAAGGUUGAGUUCAAACAUGGUGGUAAUGCAGCUUGGCUGUGGCUUGCUUGCAUAGUUGGAUCUCUAGGUGUGUGGAUUAGGUGAUUCUUAGCUACACUCAAUGGCCAUUGAAUAGGAGGGAGGUUGAAGUGGCUUCAAUUUGGGACUCUAAUUGCUGAUGCUUAUGCUUCUUGGGUCGUGGCUGCACUUGCCAUUGUAAAGAAAUCAGUGAACACAAAAAAUUGUGAUACUAUUGCAACAGGAAUUCAGUUUGGUCUGUUGGGCAAUUUGAGCACUGUCUCCACUUUUGCUGCUGAGUUCAAUGCAAUGAGAGGAAGCAAGCAUCCUUGGAGAGCAUAUGCCCAUGCUAUGAUUACAAUAUGCAUUUCAUUCUCUUUUGGGAUCUUUAUAUACUGCAUCCCUAUUUGGAGAAUGUGAGUGGGCAUAGAAAUUACAUGCCUUUUUGGAGGUUUGACUGUCCCAACUGGGGCUAGAAAUACAUUAUUUCUUACUCACUCAUCAUCUUCAUGAUCCGACUGAAAUUUAUUAAAAAUCACACCUUGUGA